CGCGAGCCAUCGCCUGAGACGGACGGAAGCGCCAGCACGUCUGACGUUUCGUCUUCGCUAGUCUUUCUGAUACCCGAAAAAUAGAGGGCUGAGUAAUGUGGCUACUUCGUUCGCUGCUCGUGGCGGCUACGGCCGGCUCGCUGGUCGCGGGAAGCGAGAUCGAGAUCAGGCCAUCUGGUAUUCCCAUCGAGGCUGUCAUCGAUAAUUUCGCCGCGCCGGCUACGGUGACCAUAGCUGCCCCCAUCAGCAUCACCACCGAAAAACCCGUGAUGCCGCUACCGGGACUGCUGUAUCCGCGGGAGAGCGAGUCGCGCGAGAUAAAGUCUCUGGAUGGCUUUUGGGACUUUGCCGUGCCGUCUGUUAACGAUCCUCAAAAAGGAUUGCGCGAAAUGUGGUACGCAGAAGAUUUAUCAAAGGUCGCCAAAGUGAUGCAAAUGCCAGUGCCCUCGUCUUACAACGACAUCACAACCUCUAGCGAACUACGAGAUUACGUGGGACCAGUUUGGUACGAAAAAACUUUCUUCGUGCCCCAGUCUUGGCGGGACAAGCGAGUUUUCUUGAGAUUCGGCUCCGUCAAUUACCUAGCCCAAGUGUGGCUGAACGGCGAGUUGUUAACAAAUCACGAAAUGGGUCAUUUGCCUUUCGAAGCCGAGAUCACAAAAAUGGCUAUGUUUGGGGAGAAGAAUCGUGUCACUGUGGCCGUGGACAACGGUCUUUCGCAAACGAGUGUACCUCAAGGUAAAAUUGCCAAAGCCGAGGCCGAUAAUGGCACGGUCCGGGUGCAGAGUUACACGUUUGACUUUUUCAACUACGCCGGCAUACACAGGCCAGUGUUGUUGCACACAAAGCCGAGAGUCUUCGUCGAAGACAUCGACAUCGAUACUGGAGUCGUGAGCGAAGUGGGUGUCAUCAAGUACAGCCUGAAAGUAGCUGGGCUGAGAGAUAAGGAAAUGCCUCUGUGCGAGGUGCGCGUCCUCGAUGCUGAGGAGCAAUACGUCACAAGUGAACCAAGUGUGGGGACCCACGGGGUUCUGAAGAUUAAAUCGCCCCACCUUUGGUGGCCCCGGUCGAUGAGCGACAAGCCCGGUUACAUGUACACGAUGGAGGUGAAAGUUAAAUUGCCCAAUGUCACAGAGCACGACAUAUACCGACUGCCCGUGGGUAUACGCACUUUGAGAUGGACGAAUACGUCCUUUUUCAUAAACGACAAACCAAUUUACUUCCGCGGCUUCGGGAGGCACGAAGACUCCGCGAUAAGGGGCCGUGGCUUGGACCUAGUCACAACAGCCAGAGAUUACGAGUUGCUCCAGUGGGUCGGAGCCAACGCCUACAGAACCAGCCACUAUCCCUACAGCGACGAAGUUCUCGAUUUAGCCGACAAGCUUGGAUUCAUGAUCAUCGACGAAUGCCCAUCGGUGGACACGGAAAACUUUUCAUCGGAACUGCUGCACAGGCACAAACUGUCCUUGUCCGAGUUGAUUCGCAGAGACAAGAAUCGCCCGUCGGUCGUCAUGUGGUCCAUUGCGAACGAGCCCAGAACUCAGCUGGCGGAUGCCGGGAUUUACUUCGAAAAAGUAGCAUAUCACACGAAAAGCCUCGAUCGCACGAGGCCCAUCACCAUUGCGCUCGCACGCAGUGUUACGGAGGACAAAGCGGGCCAAUAUCUGGACAUAAUAAGUUUCAAUCGUUACAACGCCUGGUACUCGAACACAGGGAGACUCGACAUGAUAACCAAUCGCGUGAUGUCCGAAGCCCAAGCUUGGCACGACAAGUACAACAAGCCAGUGUUGAUGUCGGAGUACGGCGCAGACACGAUGCCGGGGCUACACGAGCUGCCGGAGUACGUCUGGAGCGAGGAGUACCAAUUGAAGACAAUGUCCCGUCACUUUGAGGCUUUCGACCAGUUGAGGGCCGAGGGCUUUUUCAUCGGUGAAUUCAUAUGGAACUUUGCGGACUUUAGAACGGCGCAAACCUACACCAGGGUAGGUGGCAACAAAAAGGGAAUCUUUACGCGCGACAGGCAACCGAAACUGGUGGCUCACCACGUGCGCCGAAGGUACCACGCUCUGAGCGCUGAAGAGGACAGUGGGGCAGAACUGCCGUGCAAUCUGGAAAACUACAUCUCGUCGUCGUACAAUUUUUAAACUUUGCAAACUGAAGUUUUCAAACAUUUAUUUGGAACCUUGACGCUCAACGUGUCGCUUUUUUAUUUCACGAAUCCUUUACUUUUCAGUUUAAAAUUAAGUAGUUGGAAAAAAAAAUUAGUCGAAGCGAGAUGGUUCAUAUUAUUAUCCAAACCUAACUGACAACUUGUAUUCAUUGCCUCCUUUUUUGUGUAGUUGUACUUGCGACAUAAUAGAAAAUUUUCAUACAAACACUUUUUGUGAUAAUUAUGUAAGAUGUAAUAUUAUUUUAUACUCUAUAAGUAAGUAUUACACUAGCAUUUUAAAAAAAAGAAUACACGUGUAAAUAAGCUA